AGUCCGCCGCUUGCUGCGCUAUCGUCCAACCUAAUAGGAGGGAUACCAACGGAUUUCAUCCUUAGAGAGCAUCAGGCUUCGUCCACGAAAUUUCCUCUUCCUCAUCUUUCUUAUUCAAAUUUUCUUACUACAGAAAGGAGUUUUUCUAACAUAUUUGUUUUCCCGCCAAAAAGGGAAAUUUGUUCUUCGCGCGGUUUUUUUUAUUGUUUUUUCGACCAACAGCUGACGGUUUUUUGAUUAGUGAGAGCUGAAUGAAUGACUUUUUAACAGUAGAUAACUAUAUGAUUCAUUUUGCGAUGAAUAUUCUUAAAAUAGUUUUGCUUCCGAUAUAUUUUGAGAAAAAGAAUUGAAUAAUCUGUCAUUUCCAGUUUUCGUAGCCAGAAUUUAGCUCUUCCAUUAUGAGUUCUAAUGAACCAAGUAAAGGAACUGAAGAACCACCACCUAAUGCUGAAGUAGGAACAAAUGAGAAAGCACAAUCUAAACCACCAAAUAAAGAAGCCUUGUGUCCCUUGGCAGAAGCCGAAGCCGAUGAUUGGAAAGGGUCAAACCGAAGGAGGAGUAGAUGGAAGAUAUGCCUUCUCGUCUUAAAUUUAUUCUUACUCACUUUAUUAUUAGUUCUCUUUUUACUAUGGUACCUGCAAAUUCUUCCACAAAAUCUUUAUGUAGAGCAGCCAAUAAAAGAAAGCAAAGGUUGCAGCUCCUUGAGGCUCCCUCUAUGUCACAAGUACAAAGUUCCAUAUUCAUAUACAGUGUAUCCGAACAAAAUUGGUCACACUAACCAGAAUGAAGCCAGCGAAGCUAUGGCCCGAUACGAGCCACUGGUCAGUGUGAAGUGCUACUCGUUACUCCCGCUUUUUCUCUGCACCUUAUAUGCACCCAAGUGCAUGGGAGAGGGUACACUUAUACCACCAUGUCGAUCAUUGUGUAAAGAAACCAUCAGGAAAUGCAACUUUUUCUUGGGAGUAUUUUCUGUGUCUUGGCCGGAGGAUCUAGACUGCGAUGAUCUACCGGAAUCAAUGGAUUCCGAGAUAUGUGUUGGACACGAGCAGAUGAGAAGCCUUAACCAGACGGCAAGAGCUUGCUACAAUGGAUUCCGAUGCGACAAAACUAGAUGUCUUCCUCAGUCUUGGGUUUGUGACGGAUUCUCAGAUUGUACAGAUGAAGCUGACGAAAAGAAUUGCAGUAAUUGUGGACCUGAUCAAUUCUACUGUGGACAUGGUAGUUGCAUAGAUAAAGGUCUAGUUUGUGACGGAAUCAGAGAUUGUCCAGAUGGUCGUGAAGAAAGGAGAUGCCUACGCCUAAAUGGAAAAGAAGGCCAAAGUGGUGAAGGUAGACUUGAGGCAUAUAGUCUCAUCACAGAUAGCUGGCAACCAGUAUGUGGUGACCAAUGGGACACCGACUCUAUGAGCCCAAGAGCUUGCCAGAUGCUUGGAUAUAAAAAUGUAAAGGAAACAAGAUUAAGAGAUGAAGUUUUACCAGCAGAAAACAGAGUUGCAACUGGAACAGCAGUUGAUAUAAAGAAACAAAUGAAAUCAUUGUUUUCUAGAAGCCACAAAGGUUGCGGAGAAGACAAUGUCUACGUAUAUCUCAAGUGUCAAGAAUUUGAAUGUGGCAAAACAGCUAUUUCUGUUGGAGGAAAUAAAGCAACAUGGCGCAUUGUUGGCGGUAAAGAAUCCGAACCUGGUGCUUGGCCGUGGCUUGUGGCUUUGCAUGGAGGUCCAGAUGAAGUUUUCUUUUGUGGAGGUGUUUUGAUUUCCGAGUGGUGGGUUUUAUCAGCUGCUCAUUGUGUUGGAAACCAAAGUGAUCCUACAGGUUGGAGUUUGAAACUGGGUAUGACGCGCAGACCGUCACAUCCAUCUUUCACUCAACGCAGAGGAGUGGCGCAGAUCCUAUCACACGAAGCUUUCAAUUUUGUCAGUCAAUACAGCAAUGACAUUGUGCUGAUUCGUCUGGACAAACCUGUUGCCUUCGAUUCCUUCCUGAGACCGAUCUGCUUGCCGCCUCUCAACAGCUGGGACUCUGGACUGAAGUCUUGCACCGUCAUUGGCUGGGGAAAACAACAGCAUGAUGACGAAGCAGAAUACCAAAAAGUUAUUCACCAAGUUGAAGUCCCAGUUGUUGAUUUUAACACUUGCCAGGAAUGGUACUCAGCACAGGAAGUGGUUAUUUCUGACACUAUGUUGUGUGCGGGUUUCGCAGAAGGACAAAAAGAUGCUUGUCAGGGCGAUAGUGGAGGACCUCUCGUCUGUAAGUCAGAUGACCACUGGUUUGUUGCUGGAGUAGUUAGCUGGGGUAUUAAGUGUGCUCAACCCAAUUUGCCAGGCAUCUACACAAAUGUGUCUUUAUAUUUCGAUUGGAUUCAGCAGACAACAGAAGAUGCGGGCUAUCCACUUUAUUCUUAAUUUUCAGCCAAAGAUAUUGCAUUUAGAACUAAUACAAGCAGUUUUGAACUUUACAUUGCAUAAAACUGGCAUUCCAUUAUUUUAAUAGUUAUGCAUAUUGCGUGUGAUAUUUGCAUAUGUAUUUCAUUGUUCUCAUGCUUAUCAACAGGUACAAUAAAGUGAAUUUGUUAUUAAGAUAGAACAGAGAUGGUGCCAGCGGGAUAUCAUGGGACAUAUCCUCCUGUCGAGAGAUGGUUGUUCUAUAAUAGAAGAAAAUUAUUCGUUUGUCUCGUUAAACUUAACACUUUUUUCAGGAAAACUGACAAGAAGUGCUUAUUGUUUUGAUUGUACCUCUAUUAAAAAUACUUUUUAUUGGUUUUUAUAGAAGUUAAAAGAAAAACUGACUGGUGUCAUUCUUGUUUGAAAAUGGCGUCAGUCUGAAAACUCCUGGCACCAUUUCUUAAUAAGAACAGUUUCCUUCAUUUCAUUUUACCAGAUUCAAAUAAAUUCGGAAGAAUACAUUUUUAGAAAUUUAAAACGACUUAUUCAGUUUUAUUGGUUUUAGGGUCCAAAUGUUUAUCAGCACAAUGAUGCAAAACUAUUCCGAUCUACAUGUUGAUUUAAACACACACACGCAAACAGAGAUGUUUAGGGCCUUCAUUACAACGUAACUACUAAAUAAAAUUGUCUUAACCUUUAACAAGUUUUUAUUCGUCAUUAUGAUUAUAAUCUGAAAUUUAA